AUGGCGGCAAACGAUUACUACAAUACCCGGCCCUCGCAGCCCUCCUACCACAACAACUACGACGGCGAAAAUCACGGCAUCGACCGACAGGCGACAGUCUCACCCUCGAUAUACCCGCCCUCGUACGCGACCGAGGCCCCGAAUCAGAACUACCAGAGCCAACAGAGCCACCCGGACAGGACCAACACCGUGUCGCCCUUCUCCACUCCCUUUGAUGAUCACAUCUACCCGGCCCAUUCCCACAGUACGGCCGACGCCAUGAGCAGCCAGCACACCUUCGCCCAGGACACGCGCUACCACAGUCCCGCCCCGGGUAAUGUGUCCCCCGUCGGCGACGACAUCCCCCUGCGCCACCACCCGGACAGCAGCCCCAAGGUCGGCGCUGGCGGCUUCGCCAUGGACUCGACCGACCACGUCUACGACGCCCCAGCCGGCGCCGGCGCCGCGACCGCCCACGGGCCCGGCCAGUCGACCCGCGGCCGAGGCGGCGUGCGCUUUGGCGAGCUGGGCAUGUUGGGCGCUGGCAAGCGCCGGAUCCCCAUCUUCGUCUACCUCUUCUCCGUCAUCCAGAUCGCCGUCUUCAUCGGCGAGCUGGUCAAGGCCGCCCAGCUGACCGGCAGCCCCAUCCAGACCUCGCCCUUCAACCCCAUGAUCGGCCCCUCGGCCUACGUCGCCAUCAACAUGGGCUCCCGCUAUGUCAUCUGCAUGCAUCGCGUCUCCACCGUCACCGACCACAAUGGCAACAUCAGCUGGCCCUGCCCCUGGAGCACCACCACUGACUCCAACUCGCCCGACAACAAGUGCACCCUGUCCCAGCUGUGCGGCUUCGGCAGCGUCCCCGAGCCUCCCACGGCCAACGCCACCGUGCCCUUCGACCAGGCCGCCUUCCCCAACCAGUGGUGGCGUUUCAUCACCCCCAUCUUCCUCCACGCCGGCCUCAUCCACAUCGGCUUCAACCUGCUGCUGCAGCUGACCCUCGGCAAGGAGAUCGAGAGAGCCAUCGGCUCCAUCCGCUUCUUCCUUGUCUACAUGAGCUCCGGCAUCUUCGGCUUCGUCAUGGGAGGCAACUUUGCUGCAAGCGGAAUCUCCUCCACCGGCGCCUCUGGCGCCCUCUUUGGCAUCAUCGCCCUGACUCUCAUCGACCUCCUGUACUCGUGGAAGGACAGACGCAACCCCGUCAGGGAGCUCAUGUUCAUCUUGCUUGAGGUCGUCAUCUCCUUCGUCCUUGGCCUGCUGCCCGGCCUUGACAACUUUUCCCACAUUGGAGGCUUCUUGAUGGGCCUCUGCCUCGGCAUCUGUGUGCUCCACUCCCCCAAUAUCCUCCGCGAAAAGAUUGGCGAGGAUCAUUUCGGCGGCCCGGCUUAUUCGAGCGUCGAUGGCCGCAACAAUGGCAUCAAGAGUGCCGCUUUCCCACCAUUCCUGCGUAACCCUGUCGGCUUCUUCAAGGGCAGAAAGGGCCUGUGGUGGGCUUGGUGGCUUGUCCGAGCCGGCUUCCUUGUCGGCAUCAUCGUUGUUUUCAUCGUUCUGAUUGAUAACUUUUAUAAGUAUAAUAACACUUGCUCCUGGUGCAAGUACCUGAGUUGCUUGGUACGUAUUCCCGCCAUUCUUAUAGAUGGUCGCUCGUCAUAUAGAUAA